AUGGCUUCCGAUAACCCUUCCGCCGACAAUGGUUUCACUCGCUCUGAGAUGUACUCUAAGAAUCUCGCGGGAACCGUCGACGCCUACGAUCGCCACAUUUUCCUCUGCUACGAAGACCCCCUUUCCUGGCCUUCAAAUCUCGAGGAAUUCGACACCCAUCACCUCCCUGCAAUCUUCGACUCCACGUUAAAAUGCCGUCAGAAAGACAUCCCUGCUAAGACCAAAUUCACUGUGUGCGAAGCGCGUGAGGAAGACGGCUUCUCCAACGGUGACGUUUUCAUUUUCCCUGAUAUGAUUAAGUAUAGGGGUGUGCUGGACCCAAUGGUUGGGUUCUUUUUUAAAGAUGUUAUGGUGGAUGGCAAACCAUGGUCUUUUGGAGCGACGGAGAAUUUUACCGGUUCAUAUGUUUAUGUAUGUGCUCAUGGAAGUCGUGAUGCUAGAUGUGGUACUUGUGGGCCAGCUCUCAUCAAGAAGUUUAAUAAGGAAAUUGAGCUUCGAGGUCUGAAGGAUCAGAUAACUGUUACUGCUUGUUCUCACAUUGGGGGGCACAAAUAUGCUGGGAAUGUAAUAAUAUUCAGUCCAGGACCUGACGGGAAAACUACUGGUCACUGGUACGGUUAUGUUACUCCUAAUGAUGUUCCUGAUUUGUUGGACCAACACAUUGCUAAAGGAGAGGUCAUACACCAACUUUGGAGGGGCCAAAUGGGGGCUCCUGGAGCAACAAGGGCCAGUAAGAAGAAGAAAGAAAAGGAUAGCAGAUAUUGCCGGAGUGCUUGUGGGGCUUCUUGUUGCAGCUAUAAACGGCAAAACAACCAGAAUUGGCCUACAUUGGAGAGUAAUGUUCUCACAGUUGUUGGUGUGCUUGGAGCCGUGGCAGCUGUUACUGUGGCUUACAAACUUUACAGAAGGUCAGGCUGA